CAACGCAUUCCGCAUCGCAAUCGGUGCGUCUCCCACGUCGUACAGGAACGCCAAGUAUCACCACCCACCCGAAACAGCCAUGAUUCCUGAGAUCUUGGAUGCCCAGUCGGUGAAUCGACGUCGUAAUCGGCAACAUGGGCACGCUGUUCCAAAAACAAUACUGCCUUAUGCAGACGUUUGGGCAUCGCGGACCGAAAGACAUGCACUGUUUGAUGCGGGCGCCUGACAGCCUCAGAUUCCAUGAUCCAUAUCAGAGGACUGGCGCCGCAGCGUCGCUGCUGGAUCCCGGAGAACGGCUUGGUGGGGACAAUGACGACGGGAGCUUGUUUCACGGCCAGGCAUGGAUGGAUGCGGCGGUUCGCAGCGAGCGAGUGGUGGUCAGGCCCGCCCGGCGCGUCGUCGCGAACUGGGACGGGCUAGGGCCCAAUUGCGUACUGGGUCUGAUUCCGAGGUGUGUUGGUAUUCUGUGUAGAGUGUUGAUUGCAGAUCGGGGCCUGACUGAGGCCACUUUCCCAACACUUGGGAGUGGGCGGUGGUACAGCAGUGGGAAUAGCACCGUGCAAGUCGACGCGAGAAGAUCAGACAAUCUUAUCGCAGGAUCACGGGGACGAUGGGGGUGAUUCCACCAACAGGAAGACUGGCAGGUGGGGAAGACUCGG